UGGAAGGACAUCAGCCGGCCGAGGGGGCACCUCAGCACCAAGGACAGGCCGAAUAGACCGGCUCCUCCAGCCGCUCCUGCGGGCGCAAACCCUGGGUCCAGCAGAUCGUGAGAUCCCUGUGCAGACGGUGUGCAACCGCGUGUUUGGCGGGCAGGAGUCAUCAUUUGCUUAUCGACCAGAUCAGCUUGGAGGAUGCCCAUCUGAGAAAGAGAGAGCUGAUUUUGACUCUGACAAGACUUCAACAUGUCUAGCACUCAGGUAGACAAUGGCUCUGCAAACUCAGCAGAAGCCAAGAAAACAGACCUGAGAAUGAAUGAAAAGAAAUGCUCAUGGGCUUCCUAUAUGACAAAUUCACCAACAAUGAUUGUAAUGAUCGGCCUGCCUGCGAGAGGGAAGACCUACAUGUCAAAGAAACUCACACGUUACCUAAACUGGAUUGGAGUCCCAACCAAAGUGUUUAACUUGGGCGUGUACCGCAGAGAGGCGGUCAGAGCAUAUAAGUCCUAUGAUUUCUUCCGCCAUGACAAUGAGGAGGCCAUGAAAAUCAGAAAGCAGUGUGCUCUGGUAGCUCUGCAGGAUGUGAAGGCGUACCUGACGAAGGAGGGAGGUCAGAUUGCGGUGUUUGAUGCAACAAACACAACAAGAGAACGGCGAGACCUCAUUCUAGCUUUUGUGAAGGAGAAUGCGUUUAAGGUGUUCUUUGUGGAGUCAGUGUGUGACGACCCAGAGGUCAUUGCUGCUAAUAUUCUGGAAGUGAAAGUGUCCAGUCCAGACUACCCUGAAAGACACAGAGAGAGAGUAAUGGAUGACUUCCUCAAACGAAUCGAGUGCUACAAGGUUACCUACCAACCAUUAGAUCCUGAUGAUUACGACAAGGACCUGUCUUUUAUCAAGGUGAUGAACGUGGGCCGGCGUUUUCUGGUGAACCGUGUGCAGGACUACAUCCAGAGUAAGAUUGUCUACUAUCUCAUGAACAUCCACGUGCACUCUCACUCCAUCUACCUGUGUCGGCACGGAGAGAGCAACCACAACGUUGAAGGCCGCAUCGGCGGGGACUCUGAACUUUCUCCUCGAGGGAAACAGUUUGCCCAUGCCCUGCGAGAUUUCAUUGAAGAGCACAAACUUUCAGAUUUGAAGGUGUGGACGAGCCAGCUGAGAAGAACCAUCCAGACAUCGGAGGAGCUGGGUGUUCCUUAUGAACAGUGGAAGAUUCUCAAUGAGAUUGAUGCUGGUGUGUGUGAGGAGAUGACGUAUGAGAUGAUCCAGAACACACACCCAGAGGAGUUUGCUUUGAGGGACCAGGACAAGUACCACUAUCGCUAUCCAGGAGGCGAGUCGUACCAAGACCUUGUCCAACGUUUGGAGCCGGUUAUCAUGGAGUUAGAGAGACAGGGCAACGUGUUGGUUAUUUGCCACCAGGCGGUGAUGCGCUGUCUGCUAGCUUACUUCCUGGACAAGAGUGCAGAAGAUCUACCAUACAUGAAAUGUCCACUCCACACAGUACUCAAGCUAACUCCUGUUGCAUAUGGUUGUAAAGUGGAGAUGUUUUAUCUUAAUGUGGAGGCAGUAAACACACAUCGAGAUCGGCCUCUUGGUAAAAUCUCGAUGGAUUCUGCUCUCAUACAUCGGCGGAAUAGUUACACUCCUUUGGCCAGUCACGACCAGGUCAAGCGUCCCAGGCUCUACAGCGCGGGCAACCAGCCCUGGCUACCUCUCGCCCCCACCCCAUCAGCUCUGAUGCCAGAGGGACGGCAAAGCCAACCUCGGAUAGGAAGCAUUUGUCUGAGUCCCUGUGCGAAGGAAUCGACUUUGAAAGCCCAGAAGAAACUAGUGGCUGUGUCCGCUUCUGAGUGAAGAUGAAUGCCUCGUUCUUCAUAGCACAAUGUGGGCGAAGAUUCAAAGGUUUCAAACAUAGAAAGAUGUGAUUUUUGAUUUUGAUUUUUUAAAACGGUCAUUUUUUGGUCUUAUCUGUCUCAAUCUCUCUGUUUAACUUUCCUCUGCAUGCUGAGGCUUUGAACUUAUUAGUAUCAUAAACACUUCUGCAUGUGUGCCAAAAUCAAUCAAUCAACCAAAACAACAUACUGUAUUUCAGAACUGGCAACUAAUCCUUAUUGUAAAUAUUACAAUGCCUUACUGAACUUUAAAUCUAUAGAUAGAAGUAGUUCCUCUGUAUGCCAUUAAAUAUAACAAGUUAUGCAUUAUUAUGACAACAACUUUUUAGUAUUGGAAAUAGAACAUGUUGUAAAGUAGAAGCUGUAAAAAUAUUUUUAUAAUACAAAUCCACUCAUCUACCUUAUGAACAAUCUGUAGCUGUAAUUCUUAUUGAAUAAGCCAUCAUUUGUUAUCUCUUAUGUUAAUGAUAUGCAUUGUAAGUUUUAUGUGUUGUUAGAAAAUACACCACAUUGCUAAUUAUACAAGCAGUAAAUAAAGAAACUUAAUUUUCUGUCACAAGCCUGCAAUUCUCACACCUAAUGUAUUAUGCUGGUAUUAUCUGUCACAAUGAACACUAAAUCCUAAAUGCUCAUCUGUUAAUCCAUUGACUUCUUGCCUUCUGCGAAUUCUAGGAAGGGAUUUUGUGCAACAAAAACAUAACAUGUUGAUUGUAUGUUAGCUAUUUCUCAACAUUUGUGUUCAUGUUAUCAUACUGGCCAAAUAUUUGUUUUAAUUGCUUCAUGCUUUACUCCUUAAAUUCUUCCAUCUACCAUUUUAACAGUGGUAAAGGUUUAAAUAUGACAAUGUAAUGUGUGACUGUUGAUAAGUUAUUUCCCUGCUCAAAGCAGCCUACUUGUGCCUUUUUAGCAGGCAAUAAAAGUGGAGACACACAUCUCUGCAGCACAUGGCAUCUUCCAAAUGGAAUGAUCCACAUCUGUUACAAGUCAUUUUAUUAUUUGUGACUUUCAUUUAAUUGUUGUUGUUGUUUAAUGGAAAAUUGUCUCAAAAUUAUUAAAGAACUGAAUGAAA